AUGGCGAGCUCAGAAAAACAGCCAGUCGUAAGUGGUAAAGAUGAUACGCCGACGAACCCCAGGGGCAUCCCGUACGCUCCCUUUGUCGACAAGGUCGAGGAUUACGUCUCAACACGGGAGGAUGUCGAGCCGACGCUUCGAAAGUUUCAAGAAAUGAUCUCGAAGUAUCAGUUCAUGGAGCUGAACCUGCAACGUCGGAUGACGGGGCUGAGGGAGAAGAUUCCUGAUAUCCAGAAGACGCUGGACACGGUGCAGUUCCUGAAGCUGCGGAAGGACGAGACGGAUCCCAUCGAGACAACCUUUGAGCUCAACGAUACGCUAUAUGCCAGAGCAAACAUCCCGCCGACAGAGGAGGUGUACAUCUGGCUGGGGGCCAACGUCAUGUUGUCUUACCCCAUCGACGAAGCCCAGGAGCUGUUGACCUCGAAACUCACAGCCGCCAAGACGAGUCUGUCGAAUUGUGAAGAGGACUUGGACUUUCUCCGCGAGCAGAUUACCACCAUGGAGGUUGCCCUUGCCAGGGUCUACAACUGGGAGGUUGCACAGAAGAGGAAAGAGAAGCUGGAGGAGGAAGCAGAGAAGAAGAAGCUGAAGGACAAUUCUGCGUAA